CUUAAGUUUUAACUACAAAUUUGAAUGUGUUUGAACUUCUUUCCAAUCCUUUGUAAUAAGAAGAUCAAGAUAUUUGACUUUAUUCAUUAUUGAGAAUAUUACAAAUGCUCAUUAGUUUGUAUAAUUAUAUUUAGAUAUGAGCCAUAAGAUUUUGAAAAAAUCUCAGUAGUAUUGAAAGCUUUGUGAAUCUGUGAUUUAUUCUUUGAGUCCUUUAUCUGAUCAUUUUAAUGUAUUUUCUGUGUGUGAAUUUCUUUUUUUUUUUUUCAGUGUUACACAGGACUUUUAUUUUGGUGUGGUGACAUGAUGUCAUAAGGCUGCGCCACGGUCCUGCAUCUGUGAUUCUGCUGAAGAAAGAGUGUCCAAACACACAGAAAAACUCCUGGAGAAGUGACUGAGAUCCACGUGACACACUAUUAUAAAGAUGGAGUUUAUUAAAGGAGAGAGUGAAGACGUGAAGAUUGAAGAAACAUUCAGAGUCAAACAUGAAGAUACUGAGGAACAAACAGACCUGAUGGUGCUGAAAGAGGAGAGUCAAGAACUGAAUGAAAUGGAAGACAAAGAUAAGUAUGAGAAAUGUCAUGAUUUCAUGAAUGGGGAAAAAUCUUGUAGUUACUCACAGACUCAUAAAACAGAAACUAGAAACCUCCAGAUGAGAGUUCACACUGGAAAGAGACCUUUGACCUGUCAACAGUGUGGAAAGAGUUUCAGUCGAAAAGACAGCCUUAAAGUCCACAUGAAAAUCCACACCGGAUUGAAGCCUUUCACCUGCAAACUGUGUGGGAAGAGUUUCUCACUAAAAGGAAAUCUUAAGACUCACAUGAGAAUUCACACUGGAGAGAAGCCAUUCAUAUGCUCUCAGUGUGGAAAGAGUUUUAGACAGAAAAGAGACCUUACAAUCCACUUGAGAGUUCACACUGUAGAGAGCCCUUUCUGGACACAAGGCCAACUGCAAACACAAGGCCUUGAAGACCACUUUAAAAUCCAUGCUGGAGAGAAGUCGGUCGUAUGCCUUCAGUGUGGAAAGAGUUUUACACAGAAAAGAAACCUUAAAGCCCACUUAAGACUUCACACUGGAGAGAAGCCUCACACCUGCAAACUGUGUGGAAAGAGUUUCUCACUAAAUGGAAGUCUUAAAGUUCACAUGAGAGUUCACACCGGCGAGAGGCCAUUCAUAUGCUCUCAGUGUGGAAAUAGUUUUAAACAGAAAAGAGACCUUAAUGCCCACAUGACAAUUCACACUGGAGAGAAGCCUUACACCUGCAAACUGUGUGAUAAGAGCUUCACAGUAAAAGAAAGUUUUAAGACUCACAUGACAAUUCACACGGGAGAGAAGCCGUUUGUUUGUGAUCAGUGUGGAAAGAGUUUCAGAUGUAAAGAAUACCUUAAUCAUCACAUGAAGAUUCACUCGGGAGAGAAAUGUUUUAUGUGUCAUCAGUGCGAAAGGAGUUUCUCAGAUAGGAAUCACCUUGAGAAUCAUGUAAAAAUUCAUAUUGGAGAGAAGCCUUUCAUGUGUCAUCACUGUGGAAAGAGUUUCACAAACAGAACAAACCUUGAGAAUCACAUGAGAAUUCACACUGGAGAAGCGCGUUUCACCUGCCCUCAGUGUGGAAAGAGCUUCACGCUUAAAGGAGACCUUAAUAUUCACAUGAGAGUUCACUCUGGAGAGAAACCUUACAAGUGUCAUCAGUGCGAAAAGAGUUUCACAGACAGGAAUCACCUUGAGAAUCAUGUAAAAGUUCACAUUGGAGAGAAGCCUUUCUUGUGCCAACACUGUGGAAAAGGUUUCACAUACAGAGCAAACCUUGAGUAUCACUUGAGAAUUCACACUGGAGAGAAGCCUUUCACCUGCCCUCAGUGUGGAAGGAGCUUCACGGUUAAAGGAAACCUUAAGCUGCAUAUGAGAGUUCACACUGGAGAGAAGCCUUACAAAUGUCUUCAGUGUGAAAAAAGUUUCACAAUUAAAGGAAACCUUAAUAUUCACAUGAGAGUUCACACUGGAGAGAAGCCCUACAAGUGUCUUCAGUGUGAAGAGUGUUUCACAUAUCACAUAAGCCUGAAACAACAUUUGAAAUCUCAUUCUAGAAAGAAAUAGCCAUUUAACUCAGUGUGACGAGGUUUAGAAAAAGGAGCAAGUCCAGCAAUCAUCUGUGCUUUCACUCUGGAGAAAGACAAUUCAAUUGUGAUCAAUGCAAUAAAAACACAUAUAUAUGAAAAGUCAAAUGUGAGACCCAGUUUAUGUUCUUUGUUAAAGAGUACAGCAAUAGAAAAUGCGUAUCUGUUUGAAAUCAAGGUUACUUUCACACCGCAGCUGAAUGUGGGCUUCAUCCUUCCACCUUCAUGACCACUUCUUUUAUUUGUACUGUUAUCUUUUAGUUAUAUCCUUUAUCUUGAGGCUUUUUUGUGUGAAUAUAUUUACUCCAGUGGCCAAACCUGACCAUCUCCCUUGCUAUAAUUUCAAAUAUGUUGAAACGCUGCUGAAAGUUGCUUGGACUGAGCACCACAACAAACGUGUUGCCAGUCGGCUUGAGUGGAGUAGAGAGAGUGAGCAAAAGGGGAUUAAAAGAAAGACUAGUAAGAGAGAUGAGAGACAGUACAAAAGAGAUAAGCUCAGAGGAAGAUCACUGGAAAAUGAAAGGUUAUGAUCAGGCAAGAGCUUUAGGACCCUCGUUAAUAUUAGAAAAGCUUUCCAGCGCUAGAGAGACUUAAGUGGGAAACCAGAAGACGGAUGCAGAGGUUGCGUUGUUUCUGCUCCACACGUGAGUAACACUAGUUUUGCGGUUUCACAGAACCAAGAAAUGCUGUUAUUGUAAUGUAAGCUAUAGUAACAGGACAGUUUUGAGUUUGUCUGGAGCUGCUGUGCUGCUGGCAACCAACAACGAACUCUUGCUUGUAUAUACUCACGUGUACAGUGUUCAUUUUUUGUGCUUACUUGUCGUUAGUUCAUCAUCUUCACUUCAUUACUCAUGAAGCAUUAUUUUGCUUCACGUCUGCUAUUAUAAAUUGACAUCCACUCUUGGAUGUCAAUUAGUAGUGAGAGCUGUGCAGGUAAACUCCCCUGAUCUCAAGAGGGCAGUUAGGACCGAAGGGGUAACGUGUUUGUGAAUUUUGGAGGCAGAGCAAUGAAAAGAUGCAUGUAUUUAUCUGGGUUGAUUUCAAAUAUCAACAGUGUUCAACAACAAUUCUGGGAGAGCACAUACUGCACCUUAAGCAGGUGAGGUAGAAGCCCUUUAAUUGAUAUUAUUUUGAGGUGUUUCUCUAUGUCAUGUUGGUCAGCUUUUUUUGUGAUGUAUUUGUGGGGUGUUUUGAAUGUACUGUAAAAGAGGGACAUUUCUGGGGACAGCUCCGGUCGGGGACAAAACACCAAAAAACCUGGACUGUCCCAAUAAAAGGGGUACUUUCCACACCAAAACAGACUGAGAGGAUGUUGGUAUUGUUUGUGUCAACACAUACAGUGGAAAGAAAAAUUUUGAUUUGAAUUGGUUCAAUGGCAUGUGUACAAUAAAGACAUUACAUUUACAAUACUAUGGAAAAAGUUACUACCUUGUUACCUGGAUCACCUGUUCAUGAGUCCUUUCUUUGCCCUGAGCUGUUAAACCAUCCACUGUGAUUGGGCAGGACCUGGAGGAUUUUUCUGAAGAACAUUCUUUGGUUUUCCAGCACGUUCUGCAUAGUUGAAUCCUUUACAACACUGACUGUAUAGUUUUGAGAUCCAUCUUUUUUACACUGAAGACAACUAAUGGACUCACACAAUAACUAUUACAAAGGGUGAAAACAUUCACUGAUGCUCAAGAAGGAAACACAAUCCUUUAAGAACAACAGCAUGUAAAGUUUUUGAUCAGGAUAAAAAAAACAAAAAAAAACCAAAUCCUGUUCAGAAAGUUUAAAUUAUUGUAUCAACUGAACAGAUCAAAUAAAAUUAUUUUAUAUUUAACAGACUGUAUCUCCGGACACUCGUUCAAUGGCUAAAGCAUUGCAAGUAUCAUACAUUUAACUAACUAAACAAAGGUUAUUGUAAGAUAUAUAUCCCUUUUAACAAGGUGAAUUACAAAACUGAUGGUUCUUUCAGAUGGUUAACUUGACUCUUUCCAUAGCUUCAUUCACACUUCUUUUUUGGUUUAAUUCACUUUUACACUUUUACUUUACCCACGUGUGUAUGUGUGAUUUGUGUGUAUGUGUUUGUUUAGACUAGUUAUGUGUUUGUGAUUUAGUUAAUAAAACUUAUGCACAAUA